GAAAAAUAAAAAACAUUCAUCCCUCAUGGGAUUCAAACUCAUGUAUUGCAUUCAUCUACUAUAGAUAUCUUAAUGGACUGAAAAUAGUUCACACAUUUACAUUUAAAAAACAAAGUUCUCAUUCGAAGCCUCCUACAUAUAUAUAUAUCUUCACUACAAUUCUUUAACAAAAAAAGUGAUGAAAGCUUUAACAAAGCUGUUGUGUUUCUCAAACGAAAUCGUGGGCGAUGUGGUGGAGCUCCUCCCCAAACUGCUCCGAUUAAUGGUGCUAGCCAUCUGCAGUCUGUGGAAGCAUUGGAAGCACACAACCUCCACCUACAAAUACGCCUCCAUCAUCAACACCAAAACCUCCAAUUUCGCAAUCUCCGAUAGCGAAUAUUGCUGCACCAUCUGCCUCUCGGAGUUUGCCAGGGGAGACGAAGCGGCGGAGCUCGUGGAUUGCCGCCACGUGUUCCACCGGCGCUGCCUGGAGCGGUGGCUGCGGUGCCACCGCGCCACGUGCCCGCUGUGCCGGAGCGUGGUGGUGCCGGAGGCCGUCGUGGAGGAGUACCGCCGCACGCGGAUGGAUCGAGAAACCGAUGAUGGGAUUCACAAGGAGCUGGCCCACAUCUUGUUCAAGGUUUUGCAUGAUCGCACCCGUCGCCAUCCAUUCUUUUUCUAGUUCCACACUUUAUUCAUUUAUUCUCCUUAAACCUUAAUUUCUUUUAUAAAUAUUUAUACUUUCUACCAGUAAAUCAACGCAUGCACACAAUUUGUAAAAUUAGUAAAUGUAUUAGCUAGUUAUUGUAUUGAGGAAGUUUUGUGUGAGACUCAAACUCUAAAUUCAAGUACAAAUUUACCAAUAAUAUUAUAAAUUAGAAUACAA